AUGGCUAUUAAUGUGAUAAAUAUAUUGCAGUUUGGGGCUCCAAUUAAUGCUUAUGCUUUUAAUGGGGCUAAAAAUCAAGUAGCAUUAAGUCUUAAUAAAGAUAGUGUUGAAAUAUAUGAAGAUAAGGGUACUGGGUUUGAUCAUAAGGAUACGUUGAUAGGUCAUGAUAAAUUGGUAACAAGUUUAGAUUGGGCCCCUCGUACAAAUAAAAUUGUUACUUGUUCUCAAGAUAGGAAUGCAUAUGUUUGGAAUCUUUCACAAGAUGGGUGUUGGAAGCCAACUCUUGUUCUUUUGAGAAUUAAUCGUGCUGCUACAUGCGUUCGCUGGUCACCAAAUGAAGACAAGUUUGCUGUUGCCAGUGGUGCCAAGAUUAUAUCUGUAUGUUAUUUUGAAAAACAAAAUGAUUGGUGGAUUAGCAAACAUAUAAAAAAACCUAUUCGUAGCACAGUUUUAUCUGUAGACUGGCAUCCUGCAAAUGUUCUUCUUGCUUCUGGGUCUGUAGACAUGAAGGCUCGAGUUUUUUCAGCAUAUAUUAAAGAUAUAGAUCAAAGGCCUGAACCUACUGUUUGGGGAAGUCGGUUACCAUUUAAUACUGUAUGUGGAGAAUUUUCAAGUAUUAAUGGGGGAUGGGUUUAUGAUGCUAAAUUUUCUCCUUCUGGAAAUGCUCUGGCAUUUACAACUCAUUCCUCAUCUAUUACAAUAGUUUAUCCUACUGGUAAUAAGAAUCCUCCUGUUAUUUUUACAGUAAGCAUAUCUCAACUUCCCUAUGUUACUUUGGUAUGGAUUAAUGAAUUUGAAAUUAUUUUUGCUGGGUAUAGUUGUCGAUUGGCAUCAUUUCAAGGAGAUAUUAAUGGAUGGAAAUUUGUUAGAGAAAUAGACGAUUGUCAUUUGAAAUCCCCUGUAAAUGAUUCUGAAAGUCAUACAUUUAGUACUUUAAAGAAUUCAUUUAGGGAUAUGGAUUGUCUCUAUAAAAGAUUUUUAGAUUUUUGAAUUAAUGAAUUUUAGUGAAGGGAAAUGUAGAAGACAUGA